AUGAGUGCCACGUGGAGCCAGCAAGUCCAGUUGGACGAGAAAGAGAAGCCACUAGCGGAGUACAUGACCCUCCCCGCGUCGCAAUAUUCCGUGCUGGACGCGGAGCGCAUCGAGCGCGUGGACAGCAGCACGUUCCGCUGCUACGCGCACCGCGUGCAGUUCUUCAGCGUGGAGAUCUGCCCCGUGCUGCUCGUGCGCGUCGACGAGGAGGCCGAUGGGUGCACCAUCCGCCUGCUUUCCGCCACGCUGGACGGGUCACCCAUAGUGAAGUCACAGAACAAGAAGUUCCGAUCGUCCAUGGUGAACCGGGUGCGGUGGGCGCCUGACCCCUCCUCGCCCUCGUCGCGGCUCAUCAUGUCAGAGACCACUCUCAAGAGCGCAGUGGAGGUCCCAGUGCCCUUCCGGAUGAUCCCAAGGGAGGUCAUCGAGAGUGCCGGCAACAAGCUGUUGGAGCAGAUUUUAAAAGUGGCUGUGCCGCGAUUCCUAGAGCAGGGGACACCUCGUUGUUUCCCCUCCUCCCCCUACCCUCUCACUCUGUCUUUCCUUGCCCUUCCCCACCUGUCCCUUCUCACUGUCCCCUCCUCCCGCCAGCUGAAAAAGGACUAUGAGGCGUGGGCUUCAGGGGAUACCUCGAGAAAGCCCCUCGGCACAGGGGAGUUGUAA